CACGAAACCCGACACUUCCACUGCCUUUUGGAAAGACUCAUCGCCACCGUUACCAGACCAGUCAGUACGACCUCCGACACGUCUCCGUAGUUUAGUGCCUUGCAGAGUCUCUACCUGUCUCUGUUGGUCUGUUGAACAGUCAGUACAUCAAUCUGUCUGUCCGUCCGUCCAUUCGUCCGUCAGCCAGUCAGUAAGUCACUCAGUCAGUCAGUAUGUCAGUGUUCCAGUCCAGGACCCUCUCUCUGGCCCUCCUGAUCACCAUGUGUGUGUACCUCACCUCUGUGUCUGCUACCUACCGUCGGCCAACUAAGGUGACCACAAAUUGCUGCACAAGUGUGUCUAAAACUGACAUAAAAUUUCGACUGAAAGGAUACCACAUCCAAAACGCCAUGGCACCGUGUGUGGAUGCUAUCGUCUUCUACUCAGUGAAAGGCGGGAAGAUCUGCUCUGAUCCCAAAGCACCCUGGGUAAACAGCAGAAAGCAAUAUUUGAAUGUGAUGAAAAAGCAAAGAAGACAUGUUUGACCAUGACUGGAACCCUCUCUCCUGUAAACACACCUCCUCACCAUCCAGUGGAUCCUCCUCCCAUCAUCCUCUAUCUGCAUACUUCAUUUUGUCUGACUGGUCCUUAAGACUAUUAAGUUGUGUUUUAAAUUGAUUGAAUUUCAUUUAAAUACAGUGUGUUACAGUCUGUUGUUGUGCUAAUGUUGUUCAUACAUGUGGUUACACUGAUCUAAGACAGAGACAAAAUUGCCACUGGGGAACAUACAC